AUGGCGUCGACGAGUCCCGUCCUGCACUCGCCUGUGCACUCACCACCUAAGCAACCUAAGGGCAUCUUGAAGAACGCUUCUCAUCAUCAUUCUCCUCCCGUCUCCCCCGUCUCUCCAGACCACCGAACCCUGAGCGCUAAAGAGCUCACCAUCGUCAACACUCAAUACAACGCCGGUCGCCGCCGGUCGUCCUCGGGCGCGCAGCUCCGCCGCCUCUCGAGCCGCACUCCCUCUCACCACGGCGACGACGCGGAAGAGUCAGCGCAGCGCCUCAAGUGGGACGAGGCCAACCUCUACCUAACGGAGCAGGAGCGCACCUCCACCAUGAAGAUCACAGAGCCCAAGACACCGUUUGCCCGAGGAUACGACCCCCUCGAAGACCCCAGCGACGACGAUGAGAUCAUGGGCGAGGGACUGGGCGAGCCGAUCACUAGCGCAGCUUACUCUACGACUCGCCCGGCUCACCGCGAGCUCAGCCGCGAAGACAGCAUUCCGAACCUGGACAUCGGCGAGCCGGAAGAAGCGGUCCCGGCGCGCGAGUUUUCGCCGUCAUCGGCGGACGGCGAGGCGCACCACCACCGCACUGUGCAUGUUGAUGAUUCCGGCAGCGGUCGAGAUGAUGAUGAGAUGGUGGGCAUGUCGCCAGAGGAGAGGGAGAAGCACCGUCGUUUUGAGGAGCUUCGGAAGAAGCACUACGAGAUGAGAAAUGUCGUGCAGCUUCUUGGGCACCCGGAGGAUGUAGAGGAUGAUGAUGACGAUGACGAUGACGAUGACGCACCUCCGGCCAUACCGCCGAUGCCUCCGCUCCCAGCGAAUUUCCGGACUUCCAAUGGCCCUACGUCAUAG